AUGCCUCCGAAAAAAAAUGCAACAGCCAAAGGGCCGUUCUUCUUUUUUAUGCUGGAGUUUAGAAAAAAAGAGGAAGCAGCCGGGUACCGUUUUACUGGCGGUAUGCCAGAAGUCACCGAACGUGCUGGACCACUCUGGGAGAAGCUCGCUCCGUAUGAACGGGAACCCUAUAAUAUCAUGGCAAAAAAAUACAGAGCACAUCCGAAGGACUUGCUCGGAGAACGUUACACUUCGCAGGGCAUUGCGUUUUCACAGGUUGAGACAGAAGCUCAAAAACAACGAGAACAUCAACAGAAAAUUCAACAACUUAUCAUGACCAUGAUACACAGUGCCGUUAAGAGUAACAAGCUGGAAGAGCUAGAAGUGUUUAUGAUUUCCUGUAAUUAUUUCUGCGCUACUUCGACAAAUGAUUACAUUCCGGCAGAACUGGCUAUGGUUAAAUACAGUUUGGCAGACGGCAUCAAGGAUCGUAUACAUAUUUUGAUUAAUCCUCAAGAGUUGCCACUUGGAUUGGCUCAUGACGCAGAAUUGCAUACCGCCGAAACUCAUCAACUUCCGUUACCACCUGACGCCGUCGGGGAAACAGAUUUCGAAGAAAUUUUGAAAGCGAUAUUUAAAUUUACUGGCACGUCGUUUACCAAAAAACAGCUUCCACGGCUGUUUACAUACAACAAAGACUUGGCCAUGGUGACCAACAUUUUAGUUGGUAUCUUAGAAGCUACUGGAGUUGAUAAUCUCGAACCUCAAAUUUGUCCACUGGUGGACUAUUUUUACUAUUUGAAACAGGCAACCGAAAGUUAUGGUUUGGAUAUAUGCACAUUUCCAUCGGUCCAUAUGGCUAAAGCUUUGUUGGAAAAAGAUGUAUACGCGUAUACUAUAGGUAUUGGGUGUGAGGUACACGAAGGACUCGGUAAUUCGAUUCAUUGCUCGCUGUCGAAAUGCGUUCGUUGGGCAUUCACAAUAUCAGAUAGUUGCUGUUUGGAUCUAGGACUCGACAUGGAACCGGGUAAGCAUCUACCCAGAAACAUGACUUUGCCAACUGAGAUAACCGAAACGGUUUCCUGUGUUUCAUCGCGCUUUAACAAAACUAUUUUGCCAUCCAACAAAACUCGGGAUGGUGCCAGCCGCCGUCCACGCAGUUCGGAACGCCAAAGUAUUGAUCAAGCGAACACAACGAUUUACAGCAGCCGAGUUGCUGCCGACGAAAUAAACUGCCACGAUUUCCCGACCCUUCAGGAAUCUCUCAAUACAACCAACCCAUUCUAUAAGUUUAUCGAGGGUCAAAAACCUGGUAAGUCCAAUGCAAACAAUACGAAUGCAUUAUCGAAACCGAAUCCCUGGUCUCGGGAAUUGAAAUUGAACGAAGUUCGUGUUCCGCUGGAAACACAUAUUCCGGUAAUCGGCCGGGGCCGAGGAACGCUGGUUAAUUUAGUUGCCGGACGCGGUACUAAAAUUAACCAAAUUAAUUUCGGAAAACUUAAAAAUUAG